AUGCGUUGGUUCAAGGUAAACGGUUUGCUCGACACGCUGCGUCCUGUUUACCUAGCAUCCAACAUUCUUCUAGUGAACUUCACCUCCUACAACUUUGCAACUCGAACCGUACAUCGGACGUUGUUCGACCUGACCCGGUUCGUCUUCACCCUGCUGCUGGACGUCUUUCUGACGUGGCGUGCCAUUCAAGCAUGUCAAGCCUUCCUGAAGGGUACCGAGUCGAUACUCAUCAACGGAGGCCUGUACGGAUCGAUCGUGCUGAACUUCCUCCUUACCUCGUCGAUUCCGCUGUGGAACAGCCUCAACGGGACGGCGAUAUUCGAGAUGUUCCAAGGUAUAGAGGCCUGCAACGACGAGCUGCAGCCGCUGGGAGUUUGGAUCGAUCUGCAGAAGCGUCACCUUGCGUUCACGGUGUACGCGGUGCUGUCCACGAGCAACGGGUUCUUUGUGCUGAUCAUAAACUGGUUCUUUCCGUCCGUGGUGGAGAAAAUCACCGUCCCCGACAUGUUUCCGGACGGCUGGGCUAUACUUGCCUUGUCGCGAACCAAUUUCAUCUCCGGGAUCAGCAGUUGCUACAGUACCCUUACCCUGCUGGCCAUCAGGAAAUACUUCAACCUUCUAAAUCAGACGGUGGCGUCUCACUCAGAACCUCCUUCCAGCAACUUCUUCCCAACCAGCAUUGAUUCAAAUCCCUCCAACUCAGAACUCAACUCCGUGCAGCUAAUCCGGAAACUAGCCAUCAUGCACGACCGGCUCAGCCGCUCGGUAGAGCUGUUCAACCGCUGCUUCGCCUCGCAGUUGCUGUUCCUCACCUGCUCGGGGUUCGGCUUCACGCUGUUCAGCACGUUCGGUGUGAUUCACUCGUUUGCGACGAACGCCCCGGAAGACGACCGUCGCAUUGCCAUGGUCAACAUCGGGUACGACGGGUUGCUCAUGAUCACCAUCGUGACGUUUGUGGUAUUUUCGAGUUUGGUUCACGAUGAGGGAAGGGCAACCGCUGUGAUGAUCCACAAGGCGAUUGCGUACGGAUCGUACGAUAGACGAACCCUCCGGGAGUUGCGUGCCCUUUCGCAGCAGCUUGGGAGUCGAUCAACGGUGAUCUCCUGCGGUUUGAUCGACUUUAACUGGGAGUUCUUCUAUACGUUUAUUGGGACUUUGACGUCAUACCUCGUGAUACUUCUGCAGUUUGAUUUGGGAAAUCUGAAAUUGACUUAA